CAAUCUUGUGGGAGGAUCUUUUUUUACUUAUACCACAUUUUCUUUUACUCAGUGCAGUGUUAGUAGACAGGAGGGCGGAAGCAAGUAGGUAGCUUGUUUAGAUUUAACAACUAUCAUGUAUAAUUCAGCCCUGGCAUUUAAUCCAUCUGAUGGAACUUCAAAAAGGUUUUCAGUUCCUGUUGUACAGGAACUGGCAUCUCAGAACCUUCACAGCCUUCCUCAAAGAUAUAUCAGAUCAGAGAAAGAGCGCCCAAAUGCCUUUCCUCUUCAUCAGUUGGAUAUACCCAUAAUUGAUAUGGGAAUGUUUUUGAGAGAUUCGGAUCUCUGCAGGCAAAAGGAGCUGGAAAAACUGGGUAUUGCAUGCCAGCAAUGGGGAUUUUUUCAGGCUCUGAAUCAUGGAAUUCCUUUGUCUCUGAUGGAGAGAAUGAGGGGAAUUGUAAGGGAUUUCAUUCAACUACCUUUGGAAGAAAAGCUCAAGUACGAAGUGCACGAGCUUGAAGGCUAUGGUCAGACAUUUGUAACCUCAGAUGACCAAAUACUGGACUGGGGAGAUACCAUGUACUUGACAACCCUACCUCCAGAGAACAGAAAAAUGGAUCUUUGGCCAACAAAGCCAGUGGAUUUCAGAGAAACCGUGGAUCAAUACACUGUUGAAAUUCAAAAGCUUGGCAAUAAAGUCCUUUGCCUUUUAUCAGAGAAUGUUGGGUUAAAACCAGACUGUUUCAUUAACAUGUGUGGGAAAAUGGCACAGAUGAUGCGAUUGAAUUACUACCCACCCUGCCCAAGGCCAGAUCUGGCUUUAGGCAUAAGCCCUCACUCAGAUGGAAAUGGUUUGACAGUGUUGCUACAGGAUGAUGAAACAAUGGGGCUACAGAUCUGUAAGAAUGGCCAGUGGGUUCCUGUUCAACCCAUCCCUGGUGCCUUGGUUAUCAACAUUGGAGACAUGCUCGAGGUAAUAAGCAAUGGAAUAUAUAAGAGCAUUGAGCACAGAGCAGUCACAAACAUUGAUAGAGAUCGAGUCUCCAUUGCCAUGUUUUAUGGCCCAGGUAGGGAAACAGAAGUGGGUCCUGCUCCUGAGCUCAUAGAUGAGCUGCAUCCCUGUAAAUACAGAAGAUUCAUUCGUGCAGAUUAUAUACGGCAUUUCUUUUCUGGAAAACUUGAUGGGAAGAAGAAAAUUGAAUUUGCCAAAAUCGAGUCAUAACUUUCUUGAUUGACUUUUUUGAAUGUUGGGCUAGGGUGACUGUUUAAGACCUAGGGUGGGCAGGCAAAAGACCUGCAUACUAUUUGAUGAUCUUCUAUCAGGGUUAGUUGGGGCUUUUGAUUUGAGGAAGUGAUCAGUAAUGUAACAAAUUGCAAGAAAAAAUAAUGUUGAAUAUACCUGACUUCUAGUUUUUAACA